GCGGGAUGAUGAGAUGUGAAGCUCCCAGAGCGUCUGUAAGGCGGGGCCAGGUCAUGGAUGCCUCUAAGACAUAAUGCAAAAGGCACCUCGGCAAGGCCUUCCUGUGUUUCUCAUCCGAAACGGUUGCUUCUCAUCAGUCACUGCUUUGUUUUCUGGAUUGUGUGACGUAAGACUGCUUGGCGGAACUACUUGGCUCUCGUCUUCCCGGCUACGUUCUGAAGACAGGGGUUCACGCAUGCCCUGCCCUCCCCUCCCGGGCACACAACUGGAUUUUCCAAAUGGCCGCGGCUCCUCAAGCACCGGGGAGGGGCUCUGUUCGGAGGACGAGGCCUUUAACUGUGAAGACCUCGCUGACCAACCCUUAUACCAUCUGUUGGAGCGCUCUAGACAGAGAAGACAUGCACUUCAUACUACAGACGCUUGAAGACAGGUUUCAGUCUCUUGGGCUUCGGAAGAUUGAGGAGAAGAAAAAGAAAAAGCAGUUUUUAAAAAAACAAAGCCCAGACCAGCAUAGCACAGAGGUUGAGAAUAGCGAGGACCCGAAGGAGAAACCACCAGAAGGUAGUGAGCAGGGGUAGGGGUGGACCCCUCCUGACGUCAGGAAGCAGCUCGCCAUUGGCGUUAACGAGGUCACCCGAGCUCUGGAAAGGGACGGGCUGCAGUUGGUGCUGGUGUGCAAGUCGGCCAAGCCCGCCCGCAUCACCUCGCACCUGAUUCAGCUAAGUCUGAGCCGAUCUGUCCCCGCUUGUCAGGUUCCCCGGCUCAGUGAGAGGCUCGCACCGGUCAUUGGCUUAAAGUGUGUCCUGGCCUUGGGGUUCAGAAAGACCACCACGGCCUUUGUUGCUGAAGUCAGAGCCAUAAUUCCCCGAGUACCCAGCUUACACGUGCCCUGGCUUCAAGGCAGACCUGAGGACUCGGGGGAAACUUUAGACACUGCGUCCUUGGAAAGCCUAGACAGAGAGGUUUUGGAAACGUCCUUUGAAGACCUCUCUAAACAUAAAAGAAAGCUCGUUGAAGGUCAGCAGGCUGUGGUGUUACAACCCCUUAAAAUAAAGAAACUGAUUCCAAACCCCAAUAAGAUAAGGAAGCCACCCAAAGGUAAAAAAACGACUUCAAAGUAAUCGUGUAUAAACUUGUCAUUCUGUACAGUUGUAAGAUGACACUUUACAAAGAAGCCUUGGAACUAAUAAAAUGCGCUAAUUUUUAUGUA